CUGUAUGGGUUAUUGUCCAUCAAUGGUUCAUGGAGGGGCGAGGUCGUCCGACGCACCAGCAUGAUGGCCGUCACGUUGUUAUGACAAGAGAUACGUCAAAUUUGUAAUAUUUUUCAUAAUAGCUUGGGCCGGCGAUUAUCGUAUCUCUGGAAUUGGUUUUAAUAAUUAAAAAUUGUUCCUGGUACCUUGAUGUACACGCAAACAAUAAAAAUGCCGGUCCAAAAGGAUUCAAAUAUUGUGAAAAUCGCUGUUCAGAUGACGGAUCAAGUGCCACAACUUAUUGAAUUUAAUCAAAAGCAUCCACUUACUGGGAUUAUUCAGGAACUGUGCAAUGGGUGGGGUCUCUCUGACCCUGAAUCUUAUUCAUUACAAUUUUCUGAAAGUAAUAACCAAAAUUAUAUCACAGAAAAAAAUCGCAAUGAAGUAAAGAAUGGUAGUAUUUUAAGAUUGGAGUUUUCGCCAUCUAAAACAGCUUGUGAUAUUUUAACAAAACUUAAUAAUGGAACUAUGGAAGAAAAAACUGUAGCCUUGCAAAAAUUGAGUACUCUCAGUACAGAUAUGACAUUUGCAUUAGAAUUUAUUAAUAAGCAAGGAUUAGCUUUAAUUAUAUCACAGGUCGAAGGUGAGAAGUAUAAAGGUAAUGCACUUGCAUAUUCGCUUCAAUCAUUUGUGGAACUUAUGGAUCAUGGAAUUGUUUCAUGGGAUAUAUUAGAAACCCCUUUUAUCAACAAAGUAGCAAGCUAUGUAAAUAAUCAGGCUGUUACCCAAGAUACCAGUAUUAUUGAAGCUUCGCUUAGCAUUCUUGAAAAUAUAGUAUUAAACUCUUCUGGAAAAUAUGGCCAAGUUGAGAAAGAAGUGACCUUUCCCAACUUAGUAAUGCAUCUACAAAGUAUGCGUCCACAAAUCCAACAAAAUGCAAUAGCUUUGAUAAAUGCUUUAUUUCUUAAAGCUGAUUUAGCUAAACGUAGAUCUGUGGCUGCAACUCUCCAAUCUAAGCAAGUUAGGAAUGUUUUCCUAACAAUUGUCAUACAGUCUACUGGUCAAGUUGGUGCGGAAAUGGCACAUCAAUUAUAUGUAUUGCAAACAUUAAUGUUAAGUCUCUGGGAGCAGCGUAUGAUGACGAAAAUGGAUCCUCAGGAUCAAGAUGCACAUGAUAAAAUUAAAGAACUUAGAAGAAUUGCUUUUGAUACCGAAGGUGCAAUAGGUGGAGAUGUAACCGCUCGUAAACAAGGCCUCUUUGCUAAAGAUUAUAAAAAAUUAGGUUUUAAGUAUGAUAUUAAUCCCGCACGCGAUUUUAUGGAAACACCUCCUGGCAUGCUUGCUCUAGAUUGCAUGGUCUAUUUUGCCCGGAACCACACCGAAUCUUAUACUAAAGUUGUUCUGGAAAAUUCAUGCAGAGCGGAUGAACAUGAAUGUCCGUUCGGUAGAACAAGCGUGGAACUCGUUAAAUUACUUUGUGAAGUAUUACGUAUUGGAGAGGCACCUAGUGAACAAGGUCAAUCAUAUCAUCCAAUGUUUUUUACUCAUGAUCAUCCAUUUGAAGAAUUUUACUGUGUAUGUAUAGUUCUUCUAAACAAAACUUGGAAGGAAAUGAGAGCAACUACCGAAGAUUUUGUAAAAGUAUUUUCUGUUGUAAGAGAACAAAUUACUAGAGCACUUCAAUGUAAGCCUACAGGAUUGGAUAAAUUUAAAAAUGAGUUGCAACAAUUAACAUAUUCAAGAAUCACUAAUCUUUGGCAACAAGAAAGGACUAGCAGGGAAGAAUGGGAAAGUCAUGCAAGACCAGUUGUCGAACUCAGAGAACAAAUUACACCUGAAAUUUUAGAACUUAUUCAACAACAACGUUUAGGUUUUUUGGUAGAAGGUACCAGGUUUAUGAAAUACAGUGCCAGAGGACAGAGAAUUAAGGACAAAUUUUGGUAUGUUCGACUUUCACCUAAUCACAAAGUAUUUCAUUAUGGUGAUUGUGACGAAAAAUCGGUGCCAACAAUAGAUGAACUUCCUACAAAAUUAGCCGUUGUUGAAAUUCGUGGUUUAGUAACUGGUAGAGAUUGUCCACACAUGAAGGAUUUACAACGACGCAAAACUACACAUCAGUUGGCGUUUUCUUUAAUGUUGGAUUCUGUGGAAGUUUCAAGCCUAGACUUUGUUGCACCUGAUGAACAAGUUUUUGACUAUUGGACUGAUGGCAUUAACGCCUUACUCGGUAUUAGAAUGACCAGCAAACAAGCAGAUAACGAUUUGGAAACAUUACUAUCUAUGGAUAUUAAAUUAAGACUUUUAGACGCAGAAGGAAUUGUUAUUCCUCAAGAACCACCAGCUAUUCCUGAUCCGCCACCAAAUUACGAUUUUUGUUAUGAGUUAAAGUAAAAGUAUUUUUUAUGUUCAGGAAUCAUAGCAGUUUUAUGUGAGAUAUUUUAUUUUAGAUUUACAUUUUUAUACAAGUGAAUCAUUUUUAAUACUUUUAUUAAUGACGUUUACAUAUAGAAUACAUCAAAUUUUUAAUUAGAUAAAUUUAACAUAUUUUAAUUAUGUGAGGAGACGCAGUACACGUUACCAAAGAUAUAUUUUACAUUUUUAUAUAUACAAAUUACAUACAUUAUUUUAAAUAUCAUUUGUAUAUAUCAAUUUGAUACUUAUAUAACGAUAUAUCGAUUUUAUAUUAUAACGAUAGUACAUAGAUCGAAAAAUGAAUAUUAUUUACAAUUCCAUUAACAAUUUUUAUACUUACUUAAUGGUAAUCGUAAUGAGACUAUAUUUAAAAUCCUGUUCAAUCAACUUUUUAGAAAUUUAUAUAGAGGUGUAAUAAAUUUUUAAUGUAAGUUAAUAAAU